CCAGCUCAACCACUCCCAUUCGCUUCUUCUUCCUCGACUCCAACGCCUCCACAACUUCAUCUCCCUCCCCCCGCCCCUGCAGUCUGUCAUCGCAUCUCCUUUUCUAAUUACAAAGAAGAUGCUGAUGCUGAUAGACUGCUCCCGCUGCCGCACGCCGCUGCAGCUGCCGGCGGGGGCGCGCUGCCUGCGCUGCGUCGUCUGCGGCGCCGUCACCUACGUCGCCGCCGCCGCGGCCGACGGCCCCCCUCCCCCGCCAUCGCCCUCCCCUGAUCGUUCCAAUAAUUAUGGCUUCGGCGCCACCGCCCCUCCGUGGGGGCCUUCGCAGCCCCCGCCCAGCCCCCACGGGCGGAAGAGGGCAGUGAUCUGCGGCAUCGCCUACCGGAACACCCGGAACGAGCUCAGGGGCUCCAUCACCGACGCCGCCUACAUGAAGCACCUCCUCGUCAACCGCUUCAAGUUCCCCGAACCCUCUAUCGUCGUGCUCACGGAUGACCAAACUGAUCCAUAUAGAAUACCAACCAAACAUAAUAUAAGGAUGGCAAUGUAUUGGCUCGUGCAAGGAUGCCAACCAGGAGACUCUUUGGUAUUCCACUACUCUGGUCAUGGUUCACAGCAGAGAAACUAUACCGGCGAUGAGAUUGAUGGUUUUGAUGAGACCCUUUGUCCGUUGGACUUUCAAACACAAGGAAUGAUUGUUGACGAUGAGAUCAACGCGACCAUCGUCAGACCGCUUCCUAGUGGGGUUAAGCUUCAUGCUUUUGUUGAUGCUUGCCACAGUGGCACUGUGCUGGAUUUACCUUUCCUUUGCAGAAUGAAUAGGAGCGGCCAAUAUGUAUGGGAGGACCAUCGGCCCCGUUCUGGAACCUGGAAAGGUACCAGCGGCGGAGAAGUGAUCUCCUUUAGUGGUUGUGCUGACAAUCAAACCUCUGCUGAUACCUCAGCAUUUUCGAGGGUCACCGCAUCAGGUGCCAUGACCUAUUGCUUUAUUCUGGCGAUUGAGAAGGGUCACGGCACCACAUACGGAAGCAUACUAAACUACAUUCGAUCGACCAUCAGAAGCACUGGAGAUGCCAUCAGCGGAGGCCCCAUAACGACUCUUCUCUCCAUGUUGUUAACCGGAGGUAGUCCACUUGGAGGACUGAGGCAGGAGCCACAGUUGACGUCCAACGAACCCUUCGACGUUUACAUGAAGCCAUUCUCUCUAUGAAUUGCAUUCAGAUGAUCUUCCACAUUAGUUUCAUGGACAGAUGUAAGUAUACUUGUGUUUCAGUGAUUCAUUAUUUAUGCAACGAUUUUAGUUUCGUACAUAACAUAGUGAAAGAUUGGGUAAAGCCGUUAAGGCCCUUUCUAGGGUUCCCAUUGAAUAUAUAAUGAAUACAAUUACAGAAAACACCUUAUAGUACAGAUUGUGUUCAAGGUGUUGAAUAUUAUUUAUUACUAUUAUGAAAGCACAGUUGGGAUUCCCCCUCUUAUUUUUUGACAAUCUCUUUUAUAUCUUUUGCUGUA